CAGUCUGGAUCUUCAGACUCUUCAGUGGAGAAAUAUUUCAGUCCAUCGAUGCUGCAGGAUCCCUGGGCGGCCCUGCAGCCUAUCGCAGCCGCAGACAGACAAACAACCUGAUAGGAAACAACAACAACAGACUCAUCAGCAGUAAACAACCUUCUGAGCACGCUCAGUCACCAGCACUCUCUGUUUCUCGGCAGCUUUAUUAUUGAAAAGAUUUCAGGGAUCAAACUCACUGACGUUUUUAACAAAAUGUUUUCUAACAGUUUUUAAAGGACAUCAGAUAAUUCUUUGUGUGUUUUAUUCACCGGCUGUUUUAUUUUAGAAAAUAAAACAAUGAAAGGGCA